UGCUCAGCAUAUGACGCACAACAAUACACCGCCAGGCGCCCACUGAACCAGAACUGAACAGCUUCGCUGGCGCUCAGUAUUAAAUACGCACAAUUCGAUUCUUAUUCGAAGGCCAGUUUUCUAACAUUUAUCACGGUGUUAUUCAUAUUUAAACCUUUAAUUCAACAUACCUGUAUCAAGAUGGGCAUCAUUAAGAUACUUCAUGGACAAGCCAUCAUGCAUGCUAUGACUAAAUCAUCAGUCGUGUUCCUCUGUCCUUGCCUGGUUUCUGCCUUGGUCUUUCUUCUAUAUUGGACCCCCCGGGGUGAGCCCCCCUGCCCCAUUGGCGUGGUCUACAAGUGCCUGCCAAUCCUGUUCCUCUGCAUGUACGUUGGGGCUGAGAUCUUCUUCAGUGGCAUCUCCCGGUACUCCGCUUGCAUAAUGCUCGGCCUGCUGUUCUCGGGGACCGGGGAUGCCUACAUGGUCUACCAGAGGGACUACUUCAUCCACGGCAUGCUGGCCUUCGGUGCAGCGCACCUGUUCUACGCCGUGGCAUUCCACGAACGGCGGAUGUGGUGGAAGUUUGUGGUCUUCUAUACGCCGUUCAACGUCGUCAUGUUUACCAUCCUUGCACCUCGAGUCAGUUUUCAGGUGUUCGUCCCCGGGUGUUUCUAUGGCCUACUCAUCACCUUGAUGCUGUGGCGGGCGGCUGCUCGCCUGGACUUCAGCAACCCCUCCGCAUCCAAACUCUGCGCCUUAGCGGGAGCACUCCUGUUCUUGGCCUCAGACACAGUUCUGUCGCUGAAUAAGUUCGCAGUACCGUUGCCCUAUGCUCAGUACAUCAUCAUGACGACGUAUUACUCGUCCCAGUUUCUCAUCACCGUAUCCGUCCACAAAGAAGUUGAAAAACACGGAGUAACGGCUGCAUUAAACGAUGGUCUCAAAAAGAACAAUUAACACAUGUCUUUGAGAAGGAUGUAGAGGGACGUUUGUAGAUGUGCAUACGUGUAUUUGUACGAAAUGUCCAAGGACUGUUGGCUCAACUGAAUUAGUUAUUUUUAAUUUAAAUUGUAAAAAGACUUACGGAUACAAAUAGAAGCAUCUGAAAAGAAUUUUGAAGCACUUUGUAUUCAUGAUGAAUAGACACAUUUGUUGUGGUAUUCAGCACAUAACAACACGUGCAGAAAGUUGGACAAUAUACAUGUCUUAGCAAUUGACAAAGUUGAGGUCAGAACUUCAAAUAUUUAUGGAAGGAUAGGUUCCUAUGUAGAACGAAAAGCUGUUCUUUAAUUUGUUCCUCAACAUUUUCUAGUCAGGCCGCAAAGUGCUGGCAACAUGGUUCCCCACUUAGUGAAGGUCGGUGCGUGUGAAGAGCCAGACACGGCUUUUGUUAAGCAGACGCUGAAAGCUCAAAUUUUUAUUACAAAGCAAAAGCAAAGAUUAAAGGUUGCUAUUAAAAGUUGAGUGACACUUCAAGAAGUUUGGAGUUAGAAUUGGAUUUUGUUUGAUUUAGAUGUGCAUUAUUUUGAUUGAAAUAUUUCUUUUGUAAGGAAGCUCCCUUUUCUUUUUGUAAGUGUUCAUUUAUAUAAUUUUUUGAAGGUUUUUGGGAUCACUGUAGAUUUGAAGUCUCUUAUAAAAGGUUAUUACGUGUACUGUGUUUAAUUUAAUUUGUGUACUGAUUUUCUCUGCUUGACAUGGAGGGUCGAAUUCCAGGGCACUAAAAAAAUAAAUCUAGGCAAUCCAGACUACACACGCAGAACGAUCAUCACUAACUGGUAUUGUCUGCGUGAGGUCGGAUCGAACCAAAGCAUGCAGUCAGAGUCGACCCCCCACAUUUGGUGAUGUUUUGUCAAAAGUUACAAAAGUCUAUGGACACACUUGUACAUGCAGCUGGAUGAUACCAGUUUGCUGGGGUACGGCCCCGGUCAGUGGUAUCAAAGAUUUGGGAGAUAGCACAUCACAGAUUUUGAAAUUUGGGCAGGAUGUGACCCAGUGCAAAUACGGUUUAUUGAGUGUGCCUGAUCUGCACUUUGUGGUUGCUGUGUUUCUAGGCCAAUUGAUUACAUUUGGCCUUUCACACAGUCGCGUUACUUUCAAAACCAGGACAAGGCUGAAAAGGAAGCAUGCCUCGAAAGGGUGUGGAAGACAUAAACCACAGCAUAUCAGAAACGUGCACCAGAAAUCCCUUCCUAGCAUACCUAAGGAAAAUUGUACCCAAUUAUUUAAAAAAAAAACAGUCUAACAGUGUUUUGGUAACUGAUUACAGAACAGGUUUGACUCAAUCUUCCUCCUUAACAUUCUGGUAGGCUUUAAGUUACACCCAUUCUAAUGUGAAGUUCGACAAUGCAUUUGAAAAUGAGGGGAAAGAAUAUUGAGGUGCCUAGUUAUGUUGUCAUUCCAUAAUUUAUAACGUGCAUCCAUUCUUGCCCGUGGCCAAAUAAAAGUAAAAAAUCUUUCAUUUCAGUGCAGUUGAGACUUCUGAAGUUUGCCGAUGUGCUCACUAUCUGCACACAUGGUUGGAAACAUUUCCAACAAAAUGAUCCCACGUUGAGAGAUCUUUGGAGCGGAUCAGGUUGCCCCAAGGGCAGAAUUCUCAAGACUUUCCUUCACCGUAGCAUCUCAGAUGGCCUCUCAGUCUAAACAUGUAUCCCGAGUAUUUAACCCACCCUGUGUGACUUUGUAUCCAUUUCUCUAC